AUGUCGUACAUGCUCCAGCAUCUCCAUUCCGGCUGGCAAGUGGAUCAGGCCAUUCUUACAGAGGAGGAGCGAUUGGUGUGUAUUCGUUUUGGCCAUGACUACGACCCGGAAUGCAUGAAGAUGGACGAGCAGCUUUUUAAAGUUGCGGAGGAUGUGAAGAAUUUUUGCGUCAUCUACCUUGUUGACACGACGGAGGUCCCGGAUUUCACAACCAUGUAUGAGCUCUACGACCCUGUUACUGUCAUGUUUUUUUACAGAAACAAGCACAUGAUGAUCGACUUGGGUACCGGAAAUAACAACAAAAUCAACUGGGCACUUAAUAACAAGAAUGAGCUCAUCGAUAUCAUUGAGUGUAUAUACAGAGGAGCACGAAAAGGGCGGGGGCUGGUCAUAUCCCCCAAGGACUACUCCACAAAAUAUCGCUAUUGA